AGCAGCCACUCAAUCGGCCAGCCUGGUACCUCUCCAGAUUUGCGUUGACGAGGAAGAUCAUCUUGCCUCACCCGCCAAAAACAGUUCGACAUAGUGCUGGUGAGCCGGUGGGUGAACUCCUGAGGACCGGAGACUGGCCCCUCCGAUCAACUGCGAAAGAUGCCGGGAUUCUGUUCAAGAUGACAAAGACGAUUCCUCUUUGUUUUCUAUAAUUUGAUUAACAAUUUUAUCUAAACUUCAUUCAUUGAGUUCUUCAAGGACCUGAAAGUUCUUAGCAAUGGUAGCUCAGCCAAUAAUUUUUCCAUCCAUCCUUGCAUUUCUCUUGAUUAUUUCACUGUCACCUUCUGCUGCAACCCUUUAUAAGACAUCAAAUUCUGGAACCAUCAAAUAUAAAGAUCAACGAGUUGUGGCAGAACAUGGCGUUGUCGCUGCUGAUGAUGGUAGAUGUUCAUUAAUUGGGAUGAAAGUUCUUCGAGAUGGAGGUCAUGCCAUUGAUGCAGCAGUAGCUACUGCUCUGUGCUUGGGAGUUGUGAGCCCAGCUUCUAGUGGAAUCGGGGGAGGAGCAUUUAUGCUCAUCAGACUUGCCAAUGGAACAUCAAAAGCCUUUGACAUGAGAGAAACUGCACCAAUGCAAGCUUCCCAGGGGAUGUACGCUGGAAAUGCAACUAAAAAAGCUUCAGGUGCCCUCUCCAUAGCUGUUCCCGGAGAGCUUGCAGGACUUCACCUAGCCUGGAAACAACAUGGAAGGCUUACUUGGGAAAGGCUUGUGAGGCCAGCUGAGAAACUUGCCCGUAGAGGGUUCAAGAUUUCGCCAUAUCUGUACAGCCAGAUGGUUAGAUCAGAAGCAGGGAUCUUAGCUGAUAAAGGACUUGGUGACAUAUUUACAUCAAAUGGUAAACUCUUGCAGCCUAAUGAUGUAUGUUACAACAAGAAACUAGCGCACACACUCAGAAUAAUUGCAAGAAAUGGAGUGAAAGAAUUCUAUAAUGGGUCAAUUGGAUUUAAUUUGGUAAGAGAUAUUCAAGAAGCUGGAGGCAUAUUAACAACAGGGGAUUUGCAGAAGUAUCAGGUUAAAAUAAGAAAGUCACUCUCUUCCAAUUUUCUUGGUCUUAAAAUAAUUGGAAUGCCUCCCCCUUCUGCUGGUGCUGCUUCAGUAAUGCUUAUUUUAAAUAUCCUUGCUGAAUUUGGAGUCCCAGAAGGCAUUUCUGGCCCCUUAGGAAUCCAUCGUCAAAUUGAAGCAUUAAAGCAUGCAUUUGCUGUGAGGAUGAAUCUUGGUGAUCCUGAUUUCGUCAACAUUACUGAAGUCUUAUCCGAUAUGCUUUCUCCCACCUUUGCACAACAGCUGAAGAAAACCAUUUACGACAACAUGACCUUUGAUUCGGGUCAUUAUGGUGGAAGGUGGAACCAGGUUAAUGAUCAUGGGACGAGUCAUGUGUCGAUUGUGGAUAAAGAGAGAAAUGUUGUUUCUAUGACGAAUACUGUGAACGCAUACUUCGGUGCAAAAAUAUUGUCCAAAAGUACAGGAAUAGUGUUGAACAAUGAAAUGGAUGAUUUCUCUAUGCCUGUUAAUGACACUGCAAAUGAUACACAUCCAUCAUCUGCCAAUUUUAUUAGCCCUGGAAAGAGGCCUCUGUCAUCUAUGUCGCCUACAAUUGUGUUGAAGGAUGAACAACUGAAAGCUGUGGUGGGUGCCAGCGGGGGAAGCAUGAUUAUUGCUGGAACUACAGAGGUGUUGCUAAAUCAUUUUGGCAGAGGAAUGGAUCCACUUUCUUCUGUUAUUGCUCCAAGGAUCUAUCAUCAGCUGACACCCAACAUUGUAUAUUAUGAGAAUUGGACAACAGUGUAUAACGACCACUUUGAGAUUCCAAGUGAUACAAGAGAAUUCCUUAGAAAGAGGGGCCAUGUCCUACAAAGCAUUGCUGGUGGGAGCAUUUGCCAAUUCCUUGUCCAAGACUUGGAGGGUUCUACUGGAAAUAAAUCAUUUGGAAAACUUGUGGGAAUUAGUGAUCCAAGAAAAGGAGGACGCCCUGCUGGUUUUUGAGAUUUCAUCAGAAUAGUUCAUGUUGAUUUUUUUUUUUUUUUCAAGUAUUGCUGGAAUGUUUGGACAAAGAAUAAUUACUAUUAAAAGCCAAUAAAUUUUGACCCAACUCAACUCA